ACCUGGGAAACGACAGGCCAGUUCCUGGAUUCCGAUGUCGGCCUAGAAAACGGCUAAGUAGUUUGCUGGUGGCUAACUCAAGGAGGACUAAAACGACCCACACACACCACAGGGAAGACAACUCUACACGUCGACAUUAGGGUACCUCCAGCAGUUAAUUCACAGCACCAGGGCAUGAAGAAGGACCUGGAACCAAUGAAAAGAAGAGGGCUGGCAUGUGUCCAUCUACAUGAUGCCCAAGCCGUGUGUGACUUUCCUUAAGGGAUGCAGAAUGAGAGAGGAGAGCGUUCUGCAGAGAAGCUGGAGGUGGGAAAGGUUCCUGCUACACCCAUCCCAAAGCAAGCACAGUGGCACCUUGCUGAGCACCAUUGGGCUUCUUUAUGGAAUGAGUUGAUUCUGUCAUUGUAUCAGCAGACCAAGUGAAAACUGAAACAGACUCUUCUUGGAUGAUAUUUUUUUACCUUUUUAAAAGCCUUUAAACACAAGGACAUUAACUGGUUAACACUUUUUUGACAACUUAAAAAAAACCCAUCUGGACUUUUGUUUUGAAGCUUCCCACACCUGGCUUAAAAUUAAAUUUGUUUCAGCUGGUUCUUCCUCCUGACUGAGUUUGAAAUGCCAGAAGUGUCCCUCCUGCCACCAUCCUCAGUUUCUUCCACCCACCCAGUGCCUAAAUAAGCUCUCUUGGGAAGAAGUCAUCAGCAGCUGCUGUGUUCAAUCCUCUCUACUUGUUCUCCUCCACGUGCUUCUGCUCUCUGUCUGAUGGACUACCUCUUUCAUUUUGUUUUCUUUUUAUACUGUUAUCCUCUGAUAAUCAAAACUCAAGCACAGCGACACAAAUUUAACUAAACACUGCACCGGUUUCGGUUUUGUGCUUGAGUUUUUGCCCUAUUUUCAUAUAUGCACAGCAGUGUUUAUAUUGUUGCGUUAUUGCACCAAAUACAGAUACAUUAAGCCAUACUCAGUAAUAUUUAUGAAUUGCAUACAUAUAUUUUUGUAUUAUUUUGCUCUUGUAUAGAAAUUAAAUGUAUGCAUUCAAAUUAAUUAUCUACAAGAAGCUGUGCACAACCAAGUUUUGUGUGUUGCUGUUUUGAAAACGGUUUUAUAUCUCAGUCAGGAGACAUUGGAAGUGUGCACACGGAGAAUCCCUCAUGUUUCCACUCAAUUUCUGCUUUGCAUAGAUUUGUAGCCAUGGCCCUGCCUCUUAAACACCUACAUCAUCAUUUUGACCUGUAACCUCCCCUUUACAGUAGGUAGACAGUCGAUAUCUACCUCGCUCUCUUCUUCCUCCCCUUUCUCCGUCACUGAUGCCCAGUUUCAGUGGUGGGGUGGUUGGGGGAGGGGUAGGGGGCCCAGCUUCUGCUCCUCCCCGUCCGUUUCGCCCCAGCCGAUAUGUGCCGGUGUCUGCAGCCAUAACUUUCCUGGUUGGGUCCACGACUCUCUUCUUUUGUUUCACGUCCCCAUGUUUAUCGGAGGAAAUCUCCGGUAUAAUUCCCAUCUACAUUGCUGUAAUCUUCCUUUUCACACUUGCCAACUUUUGCAUGGCUACAUUCAUGGAUCCUGGAGUCUUCCCCAGAGCCGAGGAAGACGAGGACAAAGAGGACGAUUUCCGUGCUCCUCUCUAUAAGACGGUUGAGAUCCGAAGCAUCCAGGUGCGAAUGAAGUGGUGCUCAACCUGCCGCUUUUACCGCCCGCCGCGCUGCUCACACUGCUCUGUCUGUGACAACUGUGUGGAGGAUUUUGACCACCAUUGUCCCUGGGUGAACAACUGUAUUGGCCGAAGGAAUUAUCGCUAUUUCUUCCUGUUUUUACUGUCUUUAACCACCCACAUCAUGGACGUGUUUGGCUUCGGCUUGGUUUACAUCCUGCGGCACUCCCAGGAGCUCGACACGCCGCAUGCUGCUGUUACUAUGGCAGUGAUGUGUGUUGCUGGUCUGUUUUUUGUCCCAGUUGCUGGCCUGACUGGGUUCCACGUAGUGUUGGUGGCUCGUGGUAGGACCACUAAUGAACAGGUGACGGGGAAGUUCAGAGGAGGUGUUAACCCUUUCACCAAGGGUUGCUGGAGGAAUAUUUCACAUGUUCUCUGCAGCCCGCUGGCACCAAGGUACAUGGGCCGGUGGUGGAACCGUCAGACAGUGGAAGUACAACCACCGUUUCUUAGACCGUCUCUUACUGAGGCUCAGUUAGAAGCUAAGGUUCUGGACAACGGGAUCCAGAAUGACCGACACAGCAGCAGGUCUAAGAGCAGUCUGGAUCAGAUGGAGAGCCAGUCAGCUGACAUAGAGCCUCCGCCUCCUCCGAAGCCGGAUUUUCGUUACCCUGGUCUACCCCGUGCCGACACAGAAGCGAGCAGCUUGUUGUCAGAGGCUCCACCUACGCCGUCGAUGUACAAGUACCGACCAGCCUAUAGCAGCCCAGGGAAGAAUCACACUGGUGUCACACAUCCAAACAAGAUGACCCGCGGGGAGAGUCUUGACUCCCCUUCGCCCUCCAUCCUUCAGUCCAGUCGCCAGCCUAGCUACCGCUCGGAGCCCAGCAGCCUGGAUGGGGCCACAGUGGUGGGAAGAGGUGUAGGGGUGCGCAGAGGGGGAGGGGACAGGGGUGAGGGCCCUGGGGGCCCUGGCGGGAUGGCUGGUGUGGUGUCAGGGGGCGUGUCGGGUUACUCCCUGGCUGGGCGCUCCUACACCUCCUACCCAUCUUCGCUGGUUCUGUCCACGGGCGGCUCGCACUCGUCCAGCCUGCGCUCGGCUCAGACUGUUCAUAACCCGCUGGUCACUCUCCAAUCGGAGGGCACCACAGACACCAGCUACAAAAGCCUAGCCAAUCAGACGCCUCGGAAUGGCAGCUUGUCCUACGACAGCCUCCUGACGCCAUCCGAGAGCCCGGAGUUUGAGUCCGCCGCCCAUGAGCUGUCGCCACAGAAGCCUCACGUUCCCUUCCUGUCGACGACGGGAGGCGGGCGACCCGGGGUGGUGCCGCCCGGCGGCCCUCUGCAGGGCUACACGUCGCCCUUCCUCUCAGCUCAGAUCGCUCAGCAGAGGGAGGGGCAGCUGCUCCAGGGCUCUACCACUUUCUCCUCCCCCCAUAGGGCCUACCUGCGUGCUGUCAGCCCACCCCCGUCCUCCUCCCCCGGGGCUCCUGAAGCCCGCCACCUGCUCCAUCACAACCAGGACCUGACUUCCCGCAUCCCCCGCAACCCUUCCUCCUCGUCCUCUUCCCCCGGGGCUCGCUCACUAGACCCCCCUGUAUCCCCACCGCCCCGUGGCCUCUCCCUCACCAAGUCCCCGGUUCACAUAGGGGAGACGGGGUCUCAGCACAAGCCCCGUCCUGUGGGGGCGGGCGCUGUGCUGGGGGGUGGAGGAUUUGGAGGAGGGCAACAGGCUCCACAAUCCACCUCUCGCCCAGCCUUGGCCAAUCACACCACAUCCAAACCGGUGGGUGGGGUGAAGAAGGUAACCGGCGUUGGAGGGACCACGUACGAGAUAUCGGUUUGAGUGACGACAGUCCCGAGUGAUCUGUGACGAGGAUGGGGGAUAAAAAAAAAGUCACAUCUUGCACUUGCCUCUUAACCGUAGCUGGAGAUUAUUCAUGACUGAACGCCUCUGAGGAACGGUUCUUCUGCUGUGGACUCCAGGAAAUGGCUUGUCUGGUACUUGUUUUAUCUUUGUAAUGGCACGGGCCAAUCUUCUCCGCCUUUCAGGUUUGAACAAAGAGAAACCGGGGACGCUGAUUCAUCUCUCGCUGGAUCAGCUCUCUCCAUUUUUGCCACUUUGUGAGCCAUAGACUGAUGUGACUGUCAUUACGACUGGGUACAGAUAUGUCUAUCAAACACGCAUACCUAUUCCAUGAUCUGUUAUGUUGCUUUGCUACCUUAAGACAAAGUAUUGACAAAAGUGUCCAACACAUUUUAAGGAAAGCUGACGUUAAAUUUUAAAAGGAAUUGACCAAAAGAAACAUCUGUACGGACCACACAUAGAUGGAUGAGUCCAAGCUAUAACAGUAUCAUUUAAGUUUUGUAUUUUUUUUUUUAACAUCAUUUUAUAUAAAUGUAAAAAAAAUCAGAUUAUUAUAGAGUGAAAAUGUCAGAUAUUGAAGAUAAUGGUGGCAGAUGUACUGUAUGUAAUUAAUCAUGAAAGCUAUGUCAGAUCAGUUGCCUGUUUCCUUUUUUGUGACUUCUUUAUAUUUGAUGGCUGCAUCAGCCACCUGCAAGCUCUUAUUGGAGUUUUUUUUUUUUUUGACAUCCAAAGAUGGAGAUGAUCCUUGCCGGACACCAGGUGUGGCAAAUAAUCAAAAUUAUUUUUUAAGAAAGCCACAAAGAAAUUUUCAUCCCCCCCAGUCGCAGCACAAGCAUCGUUGUGGAAUGUACGCUUGUAAUGUUUAUGCUAGAAGCAUUAUGCAAAAUCUGUCUGUAGCUUUAAGAUCGUCGUAUGUCUUUAUAGUGUUUUUGUUUUAUUUCAUUUUCCCUUUUCUGUAAAUUGUCAAUUAGUUUUGAAUGCUAGCGACCAUAUAUAUUUUUUUUACGGAUGUUUAGCCAAAUAGUGGGCAGAAAGGGAAGGGCUUAUUUAUUUCACCAGACAGAAUAAUCUGCACUAAUUAAAUCAGUUUCAGCAGAAUAGUCUGAACAUCUUUAUAUUAAAAUGUUUAUGCAAGAUGCCACUAACUGGAGCAAAGAGAGACUGACUUGCUUUUUUUUUGUUUGUUUUUUAUUUGAUUGAAUAUUCAUAGUGAUUAGGCAUGGGCUGGUCUGAGGUUCUAACAUUGUAACAUAAGGUACAGGUUUCACAGUUUUACUACUUCAAACAGAUAUAUACAAUUUGAUAUUAUUUGUUUUAUUUUAAACGGAAAAACAAUCAUUUUAAUUGUUUUGAUCUUAAUACACACCUAACUCACAAAUUAUUCAUACCACUGGCAGAUUUAAAUUGAAAAUUAUUUUUGUUUGACUUGAAACAUUUGUUUCUGAUAUGAAAUGAGACCGUCUAAUCUAAAAAAAAAUAUAUAUAUAUAUUAAUGAAAAAUAAGCAGUGUUUAUUCACAUCAUAAAAAUGGCAUGUCAAAAAUUACAAAAGUAUUUCUUAAACCAUACAAUUUUUAUUCAGCUUUUUGUAUGUUUUCAGUAGUAUUUUGGUGAUUAAUCUCCAGUAAUGUGCCUAAGUCAUUGAGGUUGGAAUUUUCCAAAAAAAUAUUAUUUACAUUCAACAGAAACAUGCUGCUAAAAUUAAUACACUUUAAGGUUUAAGGGUUUGAUUAAACUGCCUCUCAAUUAAGUAUUUGUCCUCUAGUAAAUUAGCAUUUUGUGUAGAAUAUAAUUAGUUUUUAACCUUUCUUCCCUUCAUAGAGUAACACUCAGUCUAACAAGCUAAUCUAAAUUAUUCAGGCUGUCUGCUCAGGUAGCUAGCCUGCAGUCAGCUGCUUCAAAGAUGCUCUGCUCUGAGCUCUGUAGUUUUUGGUUUCCUUAAAAGCAUGCAACAUUUCAUGUUUAAGAAUGUACAUGUCUCUAAACAGUGACAUGCAUUUUUCCUAGAAUUUGGGAAAUAUUGUAUAGCCAUCUUUCAGCCAGCUGACCAUCCUUCUAAUGCACAGCAAUAGAUGGAUGACUUGAUAAAAAUGAAAGAAUUUGACCAGUUUUAAGGCAGUAGCUGUUUAAGACAUUGGUUUACCUUCAUAAAGUCGACCAGCCCAUGCCUAAUGGUGACUCCAGUUUGAAAAGUGACUUUGAUCUCAUUGAUUGGCUCAUUAAUUUUUUUUUACUUUUGCCACGUUCAAGAAAAAAAAAAAAAUAGAUGAAGGGAGAUGUGUUUGUCGUUCU